UCUCCAUUUUUGGUGAGUCUGAUGAAGACAUGGGAGGAGGCUUUGGUCCACUGCAGGUCUCUGAGCUCUGCAGACCACAGCUGUGACCUGGCCACUCUCCUCACUGAGGAGGACCAUGACUUUGCGAGGAGCCAGAUUUCAGACAAGGUGUGGACUGGACUGAGGUUCCUGGGAGAUCACUGGGUGUGGGUCGGUGGAGAGGAAGUCCAGUAUGAUGAUCUAUCAACUUGUCCAGAGAAUAAGCGUUGUGGUAUGGUGGACAAGAUGUCCACAGAACUUUAUAGUAUCACUAACUGCGAGGAACAAAGGUAUUUCUUCUGCUACAAGAAACAUUCUAGACCCUAGUCUAGAGCUGUGUAUUGUUCUGGUUAUACCCAAGGGACUAAUUCAAAUUGUACAGAAAUGCCAUGAAUCGCAAAAAAUCAAACAGUAAACCAGAUGGAAUGUGCCAGUGACUGGGAUCAAAAAUUUGAAUGUUUUAGUAAAGACACUGGGACAAAAAUACUGAUAAAAAAGUAACUCAGUUGUGCCAUGUCAAAAAUGUAAUAAAAAAUGAAUAUGCUAAAUAUGUCUCAGGCACAGUGCACACUUAGUGUAGCUCAAUAGACCUAGCUUACAUACAGAAUCAGUAAACAAAAGCUGUUUCCAGUUUCAGUGUCAUUAGCUCCUCCUUCAGACAGAUAUAAGGCAGUGUCCAGCAGGAAUCUGACCAGAACUGAAGAAGAGACUUGGACGAACAGUCAAACGUCUUCAGUCCUACAACUUUUUGUCCAGUG